UCGUCUGGUUCGCACUUGGCAUGACAGGCUCUCUCCCCGCGCUACAGAUGCGGCACGCGAGUCCCGUUCUCCUUCGUUGAAGAGAACGGUACCGAGGAAGUCACGAUCCGCUGUCCUCGACGCGACUUCCGAGAUCCAUCGACAGCGGAAGACGAAUCGUUUUCCGCCGUCUUUCAGCUUUUUCUAUCGUUUCCAUGGAGUUCAUUAACGGUGAUUCGGAAGCGGAUCGUGAUCGCGAUCGCGAUCGCUUUCCCGAGGCAGCUCCCGUUGGCGUCCGCGGGGCACAUUCCCUCCACUUUCCCGAUCGCGAUCGCCGCCGCGGGCUGUCCUUUCCAUCCCCCGGAGCCGUCCGGCUCCGUGCUUACCGCUUCGAUGGCCGCGGCGGCUUCUUCUCUCGUGAUUGGGAUAUCGCCGAGGCCGAAUCCUCACACUGCGAAUUCAAUUGGUUCCACGUCGAUCUCCCUAAAGGGAACCACAAGCUCUCCGUUUCGGCUCAGCUCUUAAUCGAUGCCCUAUGCCCUCCUCUCAAGCUACAGGACAUUCUUUCAUUAGUGUCUAAUGGGCCAUUCUGUGCUCACGUCGACGGCGCCCUUAUUUUCCGCGUGAACUCACCUGGCCCUGCCACAUCUGAUUUCACCCUCCGGCUCGCCGCCCGUGUUACGGAGGCUACUGUCAUUACUGUUUCGCUUGGGCGAGUGCCGAGGUUGGGUUUUUCUCAGACCGGGCAGUCUCUGCUUUCCGAGAUCCCCGUUUUGGAGCAUAGGAGGGGUGCUGAGGAUGGGGAGGAGAGGGUCGAGGGUAGUGGAAUCGUUAUCGGUGAGCAUGUUCUCGAGUUUUUGCUCACGAUGAAUCAUUCUGCGGAGGCAGAUAAUCCUGUGCCGAGGACUGUGUCUGAUUUGGUGGUGCACGUUAUAGAUACGCAUGUCGAUCACGUGCAGGAUAUUGUGACCAGACUCGAGAUGCAGCUCGAUUCCGUCGAGCUGGAAUUGGAUAAAGGUGGUUCUGCACUGAAGAAACAAAUGCUAGAUGAUAGAAGAUUUCCGAAAAUGCAUUUGGAUUUGCAGCGCCUUCUACAGGUAGUUGCUCAUGGUGAGCAAGUAUUCCCACGCGUGAAAGAGAAAUGUGCGGGGAAAAGCUGGUUCCUGAAUGAAAACAUUGUUGCUCUGGAGGAGCUAAUUGGUCGCCUUAGGAGACUGAAAGAGAAUCUGGGAUUUAUAGUAAAUCGGGUGACAGCCAUUCAAGCUGGUCUUGAUAGUUGGCAAGCAGAACAAAUAAACAGAAAACUUUACUACCUUUCCUUUUUCUCACUGAUUUUUCUUCCGCUAUCAAUUGUCACUGGAGUAUUUGGUAUGAACGUUGGUGGAGUGCCAUGGACAGGACAGAAGGACCCAGAACUAAAAGAUGGCUUUCGCAAUGUUUUACUGCUCUGUGCUGCUAUGUUCUUGUUACUUCUAUUUUGCUUUACCUUCCCAACUAUCUAUCGACAUAUUUCUGCUUGGAGCAACCGAGCUGCAUUACGAAGAUCAUGGUCUCUUAACAGAAAGUCCUUCUUGAGAAGAACACUCCGAAGAGGUGCAUUUCAGGGAGGAGGAGGUUAUAUACGUCUUUAAUUGGUUAUUCUUAUAUGCCUGUACAGUUACAGACUUCGAAUAGAGGAGAUCAGGUAUCUAUUGAAGGGCAAAUUAUUAGGUCCGGACAUCCAAUAAAAACUUGUCACAUGAUCUGUGCUUUGACUGCGUUUUAUCUGUGCUUUUGAUGCGCUUGACUUAAAAUUCCGCAGACAUAUGUACAUUCAACGUAGCAAAUUUUUAGUGGAUGUCCGGACCUAGAAAUAGGUCCGAUGAUCAGACCUAAUAAUUUGCCCUAUUGAAGCCAACACAAUUCACCAGCAUUUACAUAUUCUUUAUUCAUUCUUCAGUAAUUAAUUCAGAUUGUUUUGAUCAAGUUGAUGGAAUUAUUUUUCAAUGUAAUUACUUGUUAACUUUGAUAAAUAGCCACUUCUGUUGUAAAUUGUAAUGUGAUGAUUUGAAAUACUUGAAAAUUUUCAGAUUUUUGCAACGAAGUCAUCUUCCAUCAACUUUUGAUUUUAUGUUGAGAAGGGGAGCUCUGAAAUUCCAUCAAAGCCUUUGAGCUUUGAAUUGUAACUAUUGCAUAUCUAUUGUAUAUUUUGUGUCUGAUUUUAUGAGCAGUCAUUGAUGAUUUGAAGCUU